AUGAGGCGCAGCUGUAGCUCUCUCCGUCGCCGGUGGCUCUCGGUGGGCCUGCUGUGCUUCACCGCGUUCGUCAUUUACAUGUUCAGCCGAGAUCGAACCCUCCGCAAUACGCUCAGCUACAGUACACGGCCGCUGUGGGACAAGUUCGGCGACACCACCCCACACGAAGAGAUCAAGCACUACACAGCGUGGUCGCUACCUGCCAACGAUACAGCCGCGUGUGCGCGUCACGCUUGGACGCCUUACUUACCAGCACAGCGACCUAAGGUGUACGAUGUGAUCAUCUUCAGCGUCGAGCUUGAGAUGCUCGAGCUGCGGUUCGAAGAGCUCUACGACGCUGUAGACGCUUUUGUCAUUGUCGAAAGCAACACCACCUUCACGGGCAAGCCCAAAAAACUUGGCUUUGAUGCCGCCAGGUAUGCGCAGUACCGUGACAAGAUUCAAUACUUUACCAUCGCAGGUCGAGCGUUGGCACCGGGGGAGGGGCCUUUCGCAAUCGAAGGAGAGCAGCGCAAGCACGUCACCGAGCUACUGCGUUCGCAGGUGCAGCCUCCCGAUGGCAGUCUGAUCCUCAUGUCCGAUGUGGACGAGAUCCCUUCGCUCGCCGCAGUGCAGCUGCUCUCCUCCUGCCAAUCGCCUCUGCCCCUGCACUUGUCUCUGCGGUCCUACGUCUACUCGUUCGAAUUUCCCACCACCGCAAAAUCAUGGCGUGCCCAGGUACAUUCUUGGACGCCCAUCGGCACCUGGUACAACCAUGGCAAGGUCACAGACAAGAUCCUCCUCGACGCUGGCUGGCAUUGUUCGUCUUGCUUCCACCGCAUCUCCGACUACCAGUUCAAGAUGCAGUCAUACAGCCACAGCGACCGUCUCUUCGGCAACCGACACUGGCGUCAGCUCCUCCACCCCAGCAUCAUCCUCGACAAGAUCUGCACAGGCAAGGACCUGUUCGACAUGCUGCCGGAAGCAUACACGUGGAGCGAGUUGCUGAAUCGCUGGAGCGGCGAAAUGCAGACCAACAACACUGCCAACCUGCCGAGAGGCUUGAUGGACCAACAAAGCAAGUUUCGAUUCUUGCUACCCGGCGGCUGCAAAGCACGAGAUCUAUCGUCGGGCUUGGAAUGA